AUGACGCGUGUUUCAAAGCUAACGAAAGAUGCUCCUAAAUGUGCUGGCUCUGAUUAUACAGAUUCUCGAAGCCGCAAAGUUAUAUCACAUACUGAAGCUCAAUCCAUAUCCACCAUGAAACGCAGUAGCGAUUACGGAAACCAAAGUCACGAUAAUAUCAAGAAGGCCCGAUUCGGACAAGGAGGUUACGGCAGCUAUUCAUUGUCUGCUAGUGGUAUGAGAAACGACCUUAGCCAAGGAUCCUCCGCAAGUGAUUUGUAUAGCCACCAAUUUCCCCCUGUUAGUCCGUCAGCUAUGAUGAUGGGUAAUCACUCUUAUUCUCAAGGUAACCCCGGAUUCCAUCACCACCACGGACAUCAAGGCGGUCAUUUUGCUGCCAUGGGAACGUAUCAACAUGCCCCACAAUACGCUGCUAGCAUGGGUCAAUAUACUCCAACUGUAAGCAGUAUGGUUCCGCAAUUCUCAGGCGCAUUUUCCAGCGCUCAAUUCCCCGGUUACCAACAAGCUGCAGUGGCUUCCGUUACGAACUCAACCGGUCGAACUGUAUAUCUUGGUAACAUUCCGGCGGAAGUACCAGUCGAUGAAAUUCUAAAUCAAGUUAAAGUUGGACCUAUAGAAUCUGUGCGCAUUCUUCCUGAUAAAA